AUGUCACGUCGAGCAAAGCAAAUUCUAGCUGCAGAAGCGCGAAAAGCGGCGGAUGGAAAUUCAUUCGUACCUGUACUUUUUCUAUCCGAGCUGGAUGUUAGUAAAUGUAGUCAAGAACAAUUUCUAGAAAUUCUCACUCAUUUCAAUGAACUCUGUGCUAAUCGACCGGUGGAUCAACGAUCAACAUAUGUCGAGCAAGUCUAUCAUCGAUUGCUUCAUCUUUUAUCUCAAAAGGUAACGAUUCCAUUCGAUAGAAUAGUGGCGAUAGUCAAACAAUUAAUUUUAUAUUGUCCCGUAAUGGCGAUUUUAACAUUGGAUGAUUUAAAAAAAUUCGAUGUUCAAAUGGAAAAACGAUCAUUAAUUAUUCAUUUCGACAUGAGUGGAUCGAUGAAUGUAGCAGGCUUUAAUCCACUAGUUCAAACAAUCAUCGGUCUGUGCACAAAGUUACAAAGUCAAGGUAUUCAAGUACAUGUAUCCUUAUUUGGAGAUGAUAACCAAGAGAGAAUACAUGAUGCUAUUGGUGGUCGAUUACUUACAUUGGAUGAAUUCUCAAAAGGAAAAUGUGUACCCAAUGGUGGUGGUACAAAUUUUUGUCCAUCAUUUCGACGAACAAGACAAUUCUCUACUCCUUAUGAUGCAAUUAUCGUUUCUGAUGGUGCCUUUACUGGUAGUAUUUCUCAAUUGACUUUUCAAGAACAAUGCCAUACUGUUUUUUUUGUUGCACCACCAUGGUCUCCAUUAGGUGUUGAAGAGAAACACGCAAAAGCAAUAGCAUCAAGUGUUCAUCCUAAUGUGCCUUAUAUUGGUAUUGCUUCCGAGAAAUAUCCACAACUUGAUACUAUUAUCGAAGGUGAAAUUCAAUUGCAAGUUUUUAUCAAAAGACUUCUUGGUCUUUUUCGAUAUCUCGAAGAAACAGCUAAACUCAAUUUUGAACGAUGCAUUCGAGGUGAUGAAUUUCGAAAUCUUAUGUCAUUAGUAACACCAUUGAUUAAGACAUCACAAGCUCAUUUAGAAACAAGUAAUGCUUGUCAACAAUUGUAUGGCUAUUUAACUAAAAUAUUGAAGAAUUUUGCACUUGAACAACAAAAAUUAAUCAAAAGUUUAACUAAUGAUCACAAAGCACAAGCAGAAUUUACAAAAUUUUGGGAUGAUGCAAUGAGUUUCAGUGAACGAGCAUUGAUUAUUGAAGAAAAUGAACGAAAAUAUGGACAACCAAUCGGUUAUUUAAAUGUACAUGUCGCUAAUUUGACUUGUACAAGUGAACUACUAUCUGAAGCUUUACAACAAUUAAAAACUUUAUACUCACCAGAAGAUCCUGACCAUGGUAUUUUAUCGACAUGUAAAAUUGAUGAUCGAACAGCAUCAAUUCCAGAAGAUUUACAGAUUCUCAUUUGGCGAAAACCAGAUGCUACGGUUGAUCUUCUAUCAAUUCUACGUCAAUUACCACUUUGUCUUCAACAAUAUCAAUAUUCACAACAAAUUCAAAGAGAUAGCAUCUGGACAUUACAACCAUUAGCAGCUAUUCGUUUAGCUUGGAUCAUGGAUGCAUCGGAUCGAACAUUUCCUGAUUUUAUCAUGCAAGCAUUACCAAGUUUACUUGUACCUAAUAAAUAUCUAACUGAUAUCGAUGAAGAUGAAAAUCGAUCAGUAUUUUGGAUGAAAAUUAUACGUAAAGUUGCACUGAAAAUAGGUCUUACAUCUGAAACUUUACAAUCAAUUCAUCAAAUUCUUACUAUUCAUGUGUUAAAAGGUUUCUUACUUCGAUUGACUAAUCACUUGAUUACUUAUGAGAAACAAAUUUAUGAAAAUGUUUUGCCAUUCAUUGAUACAGAUGAACCAAUGGCUUGGUGUGUCUUUAUGAAUAAAGAUUUCGAUCUAGUGAAUGCUCAUACUGGUCAAAUCAUUGAACGAUCAACAUUGAUUACAGAUCCACAUGAAGUUGAAGGAUGGUAUAGAAUAAAUCUUCAAAAGUGUGGUUCUGUGGUUCGACCACGAUAUUUGUCUCUGCAAGACUAUCCUAACUUUCCUGAUGGUGCCAUUGAACUUUAUAACACUUGUACUCGAAAAGAUAUUAAUAUUCUACGUGAUCAAUUGAGAGAACUUGGUAAUGAUUCUUAUUCAUCAGAUCAAAUCAAUGCACAUGUCUAUACAAUUCGUGAUCGACUCAAAACGAUUCCAUGCGUACUUUGGGGAUCGACAGAUUUAAUAACUCAGACAACAACUACUGUCAAACUUGCAUGCCAAGGUGCCAUAUUACCAACAGAAAAAGUAACAGUCAACAUCACUAGAUCAAUCAUCAUUGAUUACUUAGUAUCACAUUGUAAUGAUCGAUUUGUUGCUGGAGCAUUACGUGGAUUUGGUGACUAUGCACGAAUUGCUAGUCAACAAACAUCAGCCGGUAUCACUGAGCUUGAUUACGCUAUUGAAUGUGGACAAAAGGCCACAACAGAAACAACCGCUAUGCAAACUGCAUUAUUCAUUCAUUUCGAUAAACCUGGCAUUCGAGAGUAUUUGGAACAACAGCACAAGAAAUUAGCAGGACAACUACGAUCAGUGAUGAAUCCACCGCAAUUUCAGAGUGUCUCUGCAUUGCUCAAAAAAGCACAACAAACAACAGUCAAUGAUGAAAUUUUAGGUAUAACUGAUCUAGAAUCAUUACCAACACAAACAACUACUGCUACUGAUAAAUCUGCUGACAAAUCAUCGCGACCCGUUCUCAAUAAAGAUUUGUUCACUUGUCCAAUUACACUCGAUAUUAUGGAUAAUCCUGCAACAACAGCACCUUGUGGACACAUGUUUGAAAUACAAGCUAUCAAUGAUUAUUUAAGAACAAGUAAUGUCUGUCCUAUCUGUCGAACUGCAGUAACUGGUGUUACCCAAAAUUACGCAUUCAAAAAUGUUAUUGAAGCGUGGUUAGCUCAACAAACAGAAUAA